AGACAGUUUCAGUCCGACUGUCGUCCAGUCAGCAUUGGCCUCCCGAGAGCCCCAGGCGAUGUGUGACGGCUUGUUCGCGUGUUUGUUUGCGCCCAUCUCGUGAAUCUCCAUCGGCUCUGUCGAUUCUGACCCCAGAGCGAUUUUUGGCCAAGUCCGUGGCGAGUGUGGCGAGACUGAGGAAGCGCGCGCGCCCGCAGUGUUUGUGAGUGAGUGCGCCCGGAAUCUCUGGGUCGCCCCCAGAAGUCAACGACGAUAAAGACAUUUUCGCAUCUCCGCGGCGGGGAAUGAAAACAUAAUUUUCUCCAGUUCGGUGGAAAACACAAACGACGAAGAGACUUUUGCCAAUAGUCGAUUGCACGAUCGACAUGAUCGCGCAGCGAUCUUGAAGGCAGCACAAAAAGUUGGCAAGCAGCGCGCAGAGAAGCUGCGAGAGCCGAGCAAAUUGAUAAAUGUGCCUGUGAAUAUUUCACAUGACACAGAGAUAAUUCCCCUGAGGAAGUAAAUUUCCGAAAAGAUCAGUGGAGUUUGUGAUCUCUGGCACUUGAGAUAGAUCACGAGCGCGCCGUGCUCCGCUAUCGUCGAUUUCCGCGGGUGAUAAUCUUAGAGAAAAUCGCAAGUGACGAUCUAGUGUGUAAAUCCUGCCAAGUGCACGGGAAUAACAGCUGAAUGGGUGGCGAAAAGUUGUGAAAAAGAGCAAGAGAGCAAGAAAGAGAGAGAGAGAAUUGAUGUUUGUGAGUCAGAAGCGAGGGCAAUAAUAAUGUUGUUAUUGCAUCAAGUGUUGAAAUGUUGUGUGUUAAUUGUUUAUAUGGCUAGUUCAUUGUAUGCCGGUGACAUCGAGGAAAUAAGACAGUAAAUCAACUGCAACGGCAGAGUUGAUAAUCGCCAAAGGGAGCUGCAAAAGGCGAAAAAUAUUGAAAUACAUCAUCGAAAAUAGCACCGUGAAGAGGCAAUUCUUUCAUCUAAAAAUAAUUUCUCUCGCAUUUUUUAUUUUAACCGAACGCUAUAUUCUUUAUACUUGGUUAAAUGCUCUCUUUUUAAUAUCUUGUCUGUGGGGAGAGAAGUGACACGAGUGUGUGUGUGCGUGUGUGUGUUGAUAAAACGUGGAAUUGUAUGAUUCAAAAAUAGCAAAAAGAUCGACACAAAGUCUAUUAGAUCCACACGAUCGUGCCAGGCCAUCAGCGCAAGAACACCUUCGAUCACAGAGCCGACGAGUCCGGUCGGCGUGUCGAGAUCAAGAGUGUGAUCGAGCAAGGAAGAGAGACACAAAUAUAUAAAAUAAAUUUAGAUGUCCGCUGACGACGACAAUUUUCCUCAGAGCACCACUCAGCAGCGGCGAAUUAUUGAGGAAAUUGAAAAAAGGCACAACCACAAUUCCACUGAUUUGGCACAUUUUUGCGGUUAGAGUGGCAACAGCAGCUAGCAUCCAAUAGCUGCCGAUUGCUGAAAUGGAUCGUCGUGUGUUGGUCACUUGGAUGCUGACCCUAAUUUUCCUGACCUCAAUAUCAACUGUGAAUGCAGCUGAGAGUAUAAUGGGCAAACGAAUACCGUGCACAAAUGAAGGUGAAGAAAUUUCCGUGGACGCCAUCCCAGACGGCCAUUGUUAUCGGUGUAUUUGUCUGAAUGGCUUCGUGGAGUGCAAUAAGGAUCAAUGCCCUUCUGUCGAUGACUGCUAUAUGCUCAUAAAGAGACCACCGGGCGGCUGCUGUGCAAAGUGCAAAGAAUGUCUGUAUCGCGGCAAGACGUACGCCAGCGGCACUGAGUGGACAGAUCCGGAAGAUCCGUGCGCCAGCUUCAAGUGUGUUGCGGGCAUCGUGACGGAAUCGAACAUCCAAUGCUACACGCCCUGCGCCGAUCCCUUCCCACCCAGACCCGGCCAGUGCUGUCCCACGUGCAUCGGCUGCUUGCUGAAUGGGCAGCGAGUGGACGAGGGCCGUGAGGUCACUCUGCGAGAGGAUCCGUGUCUCAAGUGCCAAUGCAGUGGGAAGCGGCUGACGUGCGUGAAGAAGGCGUGUCCGGUGCUCCAGUGUCCGGUGUCGAAGCAGAUAAAGAUGCCCGGCGAGUGUUGUCCGCGAUGCACGGAGCGUCGGGAGAGUCUGCAAGUUUCCGGCGGCAAGUGCUUUCUGGGGAAGGGUACUCAGCCGGACAAGACGAAGUUCGAAGCCGAUCCGUGCUCACCGUGCGUCUGCACGAACGGCACCAGCAUCUGCAGACGAACCACGUGUCCGGUGCUGGAGUGUCCGCCGGAGAUGCAGUACCAGAAGCCCGACAGCUGCUGUCCUAGUUGCCCACCACCCACCAUGGAGCUGCAGUCCGUCUGCAGCCACAAUGGGACUGUCUAUCAGAACAACGACACCUGGGAUCUCAGCCCGUGUGCCGCGUGUCGCUGCCAUCACGGCACGGUGCGCUGCACGCAGACGAAGUGUCCGGAGACCAAGUGCCGACCCAAUCACACCCUGGUCACACCGCCCGGGCAGUGCUGCGCCAAGUGCGAAGAGACCGCUGGCAUUUGCACCGUCUUCGGCGAUCCGCACUACAAGACCUUCGACGGGAAGUUCUUCAGCUUCCAGGGAUCGUGCAAGUAUCAGCUCACGGCGGACUGUGCACAUCACACCUUCUCCAUCCGCGUGACGAACGAUGCGCGCGGCACACGAUUCUCCUCGUGGACAAAGACCGUGACGCUGAAGAUGGGCGAGACGAAGGUGAAUCUGGGCCAGAAGAUGCGCGUGAAAGUGAAUGGGACGCGCGUGAAGCCACCCUAUCGGGUCCAGGAUGUGCUCAGCGUCAACAUGACGGAAGACGGAGUGGUCGUGGACACGGCGCUCGGCAUUCGAUUGCUGUGGGAUGGCGCCAAUUACCUUCAGGUUCAGGCGGCUGUGAAGUUCAAGGGCCGCUUGUGCGGCCUCUGUGGCAACUACAACGGCGUGUCACGGGACGACCUCAAGGGGCGCCCUGGCACCAACAUUAGCGACGACAAGGUGUGGCGCAUCGCGAACUCGUGGCGCGUGGGCGGCCGCAAAGCGUGCGGCCGGCAGGGAGAGAAAGGACGGCGGGGCAACAUGAAUCGCGGCCGGCGGCGCUGGGGCAUGUGCCGUGAAUUGCGCGAUAACUCGCGCGUGUUCGGCAGCUGCGUGAGCCACCUGAAUCCGUCCAACUACUACGAUUCGUGUCGCCAGGACAUGUCCGAGUGCCCGACGGAGCAGUGCUACUGCGACAGCUUCACGGCGUACGCGCACGAGUGCGGCCGCCUGGGCGUGGAGCCGCCCAACUGGCGUCACGAGGCCAACUGCAUGCGCCAGGACUUCCGCAGUGUCAAUGCCAAACCGCUACCACCGCAGGAGCUAGAGCUCAUCCAAAGACACACGAAGCGCACAAGAAAGCCCCACAGUCAGGAAGAGAAGCUGCGCAAGCAUAUUCCCAAAGGUGUCCGCGCGAACCAGCACAGAAGCGCGAGCGUGGCGAACCUGCCAAUUGAUUGAAGCCACCGCGGAUCGUGCGAUCUCACGCGGAUUCUGGCCAAGUGUCCCGGAGGAGCGAUCCAAGAAUCGGACCAAAAAUUUCACCCUCUGUAAUUUUAAGUUGCCUUUUCUACAUGAUAAUAACAAGAUGUUCUCUAGCGCUCACGCCUUUCACGCCCGCCGCACACGCGGUUUCGGGCAGUGGAGAGUGUGGAAAUGUGGGCGAAUUACCCAAACUUCGAAAUAACUAAAGGAAGAAGAGAGUGAAGAAGAGCACCUAUCUUAAGCAUAUUGUGAGAAUACGUUAGGGUAUAUUAUUUAAAAAAAAACAAGAAAGAAAGAGAAGAGGAUUUAGAGAUACAAAAUGCAGACUUAUGUGUUACUUAAUUUAUACAGAGACGCGUAGAGUUUUAACUAAAAUAGCAUUAUAGCGACAAAAAAUGAACACAAUACAGAAAAGUAUUCAAAGUUAAUGAUAGGAAAUUGGGGGGGAAAAUGGGAGGAUAUUGGAGGAGUGGUUGAUACAGAAACAUUUAAGCUUUUAAUUGAAAAAAAAGCCUCGAUUCUCAGAAAAAAAAACUUCACUGCAAGAAUUUUUAAUUUAAUAUUUAAAUUAAAAUAUUUUUAUCUCUCUGAAAAAUUUCCAAUCUUUCACGCUUAAUCCCAGAAUCUAUCGCGAGAGAAAGAAAGAAGAAGAAGAAAAAAUCCCGAUCCAUGCAAGAAAUGCAGAAACAUCACUGGAUUUAAGGACGUUUUUAGGCUAUUAUAAAAAAACAUACGAUUUAUUUUGAGGAAAACUUGCAUGUCUAAGUGUUAUUUUAACAAAGAUUUUACAGAAAGAAAUACUUCUUGCCUGGGUCUGUAAGAACAUUGAAUGUAAAUCAAGUGUUUGGAAGUGUUGCAAAAGUUAUUUAGGCAUAUAAUAUAGUCGUGAUUGAUAGUAAAAGAAGAAAAAAAAACAAGAAUAUAAUCAAAAUUAUAUACAGAAAUUACGCAAAUGAUAAAAUAUAAGGAAGCAGACUUGGCAAUUAAAAAUGACAAUGAAAUUUGAUAAAGAGUUGAUGCGAAUCUUAUUAGGAAAUAUUGAAUAUUAUACAAAUGAAUAAAUAAAUUUUAGGAAAAAAA